AAAGGCUACCGUUUCCUGAUGAAGAAUUUGAUUAUAUUUUUUCAAGAGGUAAUGAAAAUUUUUUUAAGGAUGAUGUAUUUCAAGGGUUUUUAUCAGAAGUUCUUCGAGUAUUAAAGCCUGGUGGUUGGUUUGAGGUUGCAAUGGCUAGUAGACAAAUUUAUGAUGGUGGGCCCGCCUUUUCAUUAUGGAAUUCUGGAUGGUUAUCGUGGUAUAAAGCAAAUAAUAUCAAUCCUGAUCUCAUGUUUCAUAUAUUCGAUUACAUUCAAAAGACUAAAAAAUUUGAAUGUAUAGAACAUCAAACUGCAAAACUUUUUCUGGGAAAGGGUAAUAAUGAAUCUGGUGAAUUUGGUGUAGAAUUUUUUUUAUACGUGUUAAAUGAUUUAAAAGAAGUUUUAAUUUCUGAUAUGGGAAUAUCAAGUAAACAAUAUAAUGACUUGAUUAAGGAGGUUAAAAUCGAAUUUAAAAACGGAAAGAGCAACCCCUAUUCUUACUAUCAUAGAAUAUUUGGAGAAAAGAAGUAA